AUGACACUGACCCUCAUAAGGGGUGCGAACGAUGAAAAGCAGCAAGAAAUGCUUGAUCUAGCUGAUUUUGCCGACCAGUAUCCCAACUGUGAGGUCAUAGGCACAGAUAUUUCUCCCAUACAACCUAUCUGGUUGCCCUCGAACCUGAACGUUGAAAUUGAUGAUUUCACGCAGCCUUGGACAUUCGACUCUGACUCCCUGAACUUUGUCCACGGGCGCUACCUGCUUGGCAGCAUCGGCGACUGGGUUGCUCUGGCCAAGGAGGCCUACAAAUGCCUAGCACCGGGUGGAUACUUUGAAAGCUACGAAGCGUCACCCUUUAUAGUCAGCGCAGACGGCACUGUUCCCGAGACAAGUGCAAUGGGGCAGUGGGGAAAGAUAUAUGAGGACGGCGGGAAGAAACUUGGGCAAUCGUUCACCAUUGUGCCCGACGGUGUGCAAAAAACAGCCAUGGAACAGGCUGGCUUCGUGGAUAUCGAGGAGUGGGUCUUUAAUGGAUGGUCUAAGGUGGAAAUUGAAGCUUACGCUGCCCGCUUUCGCCGAGACUUACGGAACAACGAGAUCCACGGCACUAUGAUGAUCAGAGUCAUCUGGGGCCAGAAGACUGAAUAA